AAAAAGGAUUCAGCGUUAAAAAUAAAAUAAAAAAACCUCUAAAAAGGAUUCAUCGCCGUUGGUCUGUUUGUUCUUCCUCUUCGAAACUCAGUCGCGCAGAGCUGCAGAAUCGUCCCAGCUCUAAAGACACUUAAAAUGUCGACUCGACCUGAGCUGCUAGCGCCGCCGGAGAUAUUCUACGAUGACUCCGAGGCUCGCAAGUAUACUUCUUCCUCACGUAUCGUCGAAAUUCAGGCGAGGUUGUCUGAGAGAGCUUUGGAGCUUCUUGCUUUGCCUGAAGAUGAUGUUCCUAGAUUCUUGCUUGAUAUUGGUUGUGGAUCUGGCCUGAGCGGGGAAACAAUCUCUGAGAACGGGCACCAAUGGAUUGGUCUUGACAUUUCAGCCUCCAUGCUUAACGUUGCUGUUGAACGAGAAGUUGAGGGUGAUCUUUUACUUGGUGACAUGGGCCAGGGCUUAGGUCUUCGUGCAGGAGUCAUAGAUGGAGCCAUCAGUAUAUCGGCUGUUCAGUGGUUAUGCAAUGCUGACAAGUCAUCGCAUGAACCUCGUUUGAGGCUAAAGGCUUUCUUUGGGUCACUAUAUCGAUGCUUAUCAAGAGGAGCAAGGGCAGUUUUCCAAGUCUACCCUGAGAGCAUCGCUCAGCGUGAGCUGAUCCUUCGCCAGGCCUUACAAGCUGGAUUCGGUGGUGGACUCGUUGUCGACUACCCACACAGUACUAAGAAGAGAAAAGAGUUCUUGGUCCUCACAUGUGGCUCUGUUCCAACCAGUAUUAACGAUGGGCAUAAAGGAAGUGGCUCGGAAGAUGAUGACGAUGAUAGUGAAGACGAAGACAAUGGAAUGGUAUGUGUAUCAGAUAGGAAUAGGCCAAGGAAGAAGCAGAGAACGAACAAGAAAGGGAAAGGAAGGGAAUGGGUUUUGAGGAAGAAGGAACAAAGUAGAAGGAAAGGAAACGAUGUUCCUGCUGAUUCCAAGUACACCGCAAGGAAACGCAAGUCGCGUUUCUGAUUUUCGUUACUAGUUUUAAAACGCUAGUUUAUAGCGUUUGCAUUAUGUUUUGUCGUUGAAAGAAAAGAAAAAUACUGAACAUCCUUACUGUUUCUACAUUUUGUGUGUACUCAAACCCUUUCUGGUUACUUCACAGAUAUCGCUUGUGAUUUGCGCUGCCGCUAA